AUGCUCGAUAUCUAUCGCACAAGUUCCAACCUUCAACGUGAAAUGUGGACAUUGCAAAGAUUAAACUCCUCGGGCGAAGAAGACAGCGAUAGCAGUAGUUCAGCGUCCGACGAUUCACGUUCACGUGCAAGUUCAGGGACCAAUUCUCCUAAAAACAUAAGUCCGGUUCCGAGUGAUGAAGUACUUUUAGAAUAUCUGUUUUCCAAGGGUUGGGCUGAUUCCAUUGAGAGGUCUACGAACAAUACUUCCAACCAGAUCAACAAAAUGGCUUAUAACUUCAUUUCGCCAGGUCAGUGCGCACAGUAUGUGAACACGCCGUGGACUCCACAGGUUCCUACUACUUAUAUCAACCAGUUCUCAGCGAACAAUAUCACGCCUCUGAACCACGAGCCAGAUUCACAGCUCCCGGACCAGGACACACUUUCUCUAUUAAAUGACUUCCUUUGUGAAGACAUGCAAAGUCUGCCCGAGUUACCUAACACGGAAUAUCUGGAACACUAUACAGAUAUUAUGUUGAAUCCCGAUGGUAUGCGCUCCGAAUCUUCGACCUGGGCAUCCCAACCAUCGACAGAACAGCAGCCACCUGUUGUGUGUCCAGACGGUCACGAUGAAGCCGUGGGCUAUGGCCUAUCGGCCAUACCUGGCAAGUCCAUGUUAACCAGUGCGUACAUGCAAGAGUCAACAGCGAACGCAAAUCGAAUCAAUAUUUUACCCCCAUCUGGAGUUCGUGUAAGUCAUGUACCAAUCGACAAAACCACUACUAUGGAAAUCCCGACUAGGAUUGAUCCUCCUGCCAAGAAAACGAACUCAGAUGACAAAAUACACAAAUGUAAUUAUGCAAAUUGCGGUAAAAUGUACAGCAAAAGUUCUCACCUGAAAGCUCAUCUUCGACGCCACACCGGUGAAAAACCGUUUAUAUGCACUUGGGAAGGGUGCAAGUGGAGAUUUUCGCGAUCCGAUGAACUUGCUCGCCAUAAACGCUCACAUUCUGGCAUCAAGCCGUACAAAUGUAGUAUAUGUGAGAAAAGAUUCUCCAGGUCUGAUCAUCUCUCUAAACAUAUUAAAGUCCAUCUGCACAGAGGGUCCAGGGGAAUUCGAAACACCAACAAAACGUGA